CUCAAUCUUUCAAACAUAAACAGCAACAGCUGAGCUGCGUUUCCCAUAACCUCAACUAGCCUAACUUUUCAUUUCUUUCUAUUUCUAACAAUAAACAAUCCAAGCAAGAUCAACACAUCAAGUUAAACAUAACAUCGAGACUAAAAAUGUCUUCGUGGAAAAAAGCAUCCAAGAUCAAUCAAAAAACUCACCGGGAACGACAUCAGCCAGAAAGUAGAGCUCAUUUGGGGUUGUUGGAAAAGAAGAAAGACUACAAGAAAAGAGCAGAUGACUACAACAAAAAGCAAGCACUUCUCAAGAAGCUCAAAAUUAAAGCCCAAAACAAAAGCCCUGAUGAGUUUUAUUUUCAUAUGAUAAACUCCAAAGUUGUUGAUGGCGUCCACAAAGAGAAACGUGAAGACAAGCACACUCCAGAACAAAUUAAGUUGAUGGAAAGCAAGGAUUUGAAUUACAUAGGUUUCCGUAAAACAAUCGAGGCUAAGAAAAUUGAUAAACUUCAAUCUCAACUUCAUUUAAUCGAUGAAGCGAACACUGUAAAAAAUUCACACGUGUUCUUUGUUGAUUCUGAAAAUGAAGUGAAAGAGUUUGAUUUGGCCAAAAGGCUUGAUACACACCCGGAUCUGAUUCCCAGAAGAACGAAUCGACUCACUACAGAUGAGUUGCAACACUUGAGCUUACCAUCCGUGAAUGAACGAACAGCUCUUAAAUUACAGCGAGAGAAAGAAAGAGCUUAUAAUCAACUUCACAAGCGAAUCCGAAGGGAAAAGCAACUUACCAUUGUGCAGAACAAACUUGAAACUCACAAAGCGUUGAAAGCUAAAGUUGGUGUAAAACCUGUGAAAGUAAAAAAUGCGACAAAGGGAGCUGCUGCUGUUUAUCAAUGGCCUUAUGUUAGGAAAAGAUGAUAAUUUGUUAGUAAAUGUACGACUACUCAC